AUGAAGCGCGACGGGGUGAUGGGUGCGCUGGGCGGCGGCGUGGGGAAGGCGGGGUUCAGUAAGGAGGACACGGACGGGUGGGUGAAGGAGCUGAGCCGGCGCGGGAUUCGGGAGCUGCCGUGGCUGAAGGAGGUGCCGGAUGGGGUGGGGUUGAAGGUGAGGGCGGGGGAUAAGGUUGAGGUUGAGCUGGUGGUGGGGACGGUGAAGAAGGGGCGGAAGACGGCGGUGAGGAAGCCGGCGGCGGCGAAGAAGAAGAAGGAUGAGGAUGCGGCAGCGGAGGUGGGGGUGGAGGCGGAGGUGCAGGGUGGGGAGGCGGGGGUGGUGGAAGAGGGGGAGACGGUGCAGGUGCCGGUGCAGAAGAAGGUGCAGACGAGGGCGGCGAGGCCGAGGCAGAAAACGGCGGCGGCAGCAGCGGUGGCGAUGCCGCCGGCGAAGAGACAGAAGGUGGAGAAGGUUGAGAGCGGCAUUGGGUCAUUCAUGCAGGGCGCUGUCGACUACCUUAGUGAGAACAAGAGGCGUACAUAUAAGACGUGGGAGGCGAGGAUGGUGGCGACGGCGGCGGAGGUGGAGAAGGAGGGGGGCUGCCGUCGCAACAGCAGCAGGCAGCCGUGGUGGGGUUAG